ACGAGAGAGAGAUCUUACGAGCAGUCCAAACAUGACUACAGCUCUCACUUCGAAGAUUCACAAAAAAAUUGACUUCUCUUCUGUUGAGUUGUUCGUGAAACAUCCCAAAAGAUUAAUGCACACAAGGUGUUCGAUAAAAUUCCCCAAUCCUCACAAAGUCUCUGUUUUUUUCUUCUUUACAACCCUUGUCACGUGCUUCUCACGUGAUAUGAUUGUACCGUGCUGUUAUAUUCGUUGACGUUCCCGCCUCGACUCUGUUUCUUUCUCUGAAGCAGAGAGAACAAGAAAGCUCAAGAAUCUUGAGAAUAUGGUUGUUGCAAUGGAGACUACUACGUUUCUGAGAGAUGCUAAGAGAGUAAAACUCUACAAAGAAGCAAAAGAUCUCUUCGCUAAUGGAGAUCACAGCAAGGCCUUGGGGAUGAUUGAAGAUAUGAUUUUGGCACAUAAGGGAGACAAGAACUUGUGGUUACUUCAUAUCGAACAAGGUAACAUGUUCAUGGAUCUAGCUAAAUCAACAGAGAACCCGUACGUUGAUUUUGUGUACAUGUUGGGUUCUGUAGGAUGCUUUUCGAAACAUGUGUUGUUAUCACGACCUUAUGCAGAUGGACUCUUUUAUUUGGCUGAAGUGCUUGGGUCAGUAUUGUAUUACAAGAAAUGUGUGAAGGUAGCUAAACAGGGUUUAUCUGUUACUUACCCUGAAGACUCAGGAUCUCUUGCUCAAGAGACUUUGCAAGUGCUGAAGAAAGAUAUGGAGACAGAACUGGAGAGUUUAAUCGAAGAUGCAGAGUUUAAUAUGGCUGGUUCCAAGAUUGGAGAGCUGACGGGUUUACUACAAAAAUACAGUGAGGCAGAAGUUUUGCAGUCAAAGGAAUGUGUAGAGCCGGUUAAGAGUGAGUUUAUAGGAUUGAGGUCGUUUUGGUUAGGUUUGGAUGUUAAGGUCAAGAGAGACUUUAUGAAAGUAAGCAUUCCGAAGCUUAUGAGUUUUGUCGAGGGAGUACAUUCCAGAAAGGGAAGAGAUGCUUUUGAGCAAGUUCUCGCUUCUGCCAAGGAAAACAGAAAAUGGACACUCUGGAUGUGUCGAAUGAAAUGUUCAAAGAAGUUCUCUAGUGAUGAAGAAUGUAAGAAACAUCUUGAACAAGAACAUGCUGCAGAUUUUAAACCUUCUAAGGAAAUGGAUAUGGUCAAACGGAUAGGCAAAGAAUGGGCUCGUAAGAUAUCGGUUGGAGGUUGGGAACCAGUGGAUACGGUAGCUGCUGUUGAAAUGAUUAAAAGUCAGCUUGCAGACGUGAAAGCGUUUUCAUAUAAGAAUGGAUGGUCCAAAGAAUGGCCUUUAGCUGCAGAUGAAAUGCGCAGUAAGUUACUUAAGGAAAUCAAAAAUUUCCUUGUGAUGUUUUGUGACCUAAAAAUUCUCUCCUGUAACAUUCGAGACUGGGUGAAGCUUUAUCCGGUUACGCAUCUUGGAAAGUUUAACGUUUCUGAACAGAUUCUUGUUGAUUCUCACCUAGUGGAAACACCUCAGAGUAUAUGUUUUCUGGAAUGUCAACAACUCAAUGAAAUCCUAAACUUACUAAAACUUAUCAAGUGUGAAAGGGAUGAUGGUGCAAAACUAGUCUGCAGAGCAGUGGACAGUAUCUUGGGUUCUACUCGAGCUACAGAAAGUAUCGACUUUGACCCGGAGUUUUCAUUUCUGCUUUUAGACAGAAGAUUGCUAAAAAGUAAUAAUGCUCCACUUAAUGAUGGGGGGACAAUCAAUGUUUUCGAUCCCAAUGUUCACUACGGGAAGGCACAUGCUCGGGGAGAUGAUAUCAUAUCAUGGUUAACUGACUACAAUUCAGUAGAGAAGACCUUACCCAAACCUAUCAGGGAACAUAAUCUUGAUAUUUGGUUGGCUGUUCUGAGAGCUGUUCAGUUCACAUGUAGAACUUUGGAAACCAAAUAUGUAAAGAAACUACAAGUCUUAGAUUAUAGUAAAGCUCUUCUUGUCGUCGAAGACUUGUGCAAGGGGGAAAAAGAAAGUAGAAGAAACCUUCAGGAAGAUCAGUGGAACAGCUAUGCAUCUCUUCUUUGCAAUAGAUGCGAAGAGCGUGUCCCCGGAAAUUCCCUCGCUACAAAAUUGUUUUUGUGUGCAGUGCGAGAUGUUCUCCAAGGAGCUUCGGAUCUGACAUUUGAUCUCCCUGAUUUUGAAGGUUGCAUGAAUCUUAUACGUGAGCGUAAAAAUCUCGGCGAUGAUAUAGUGCUGAAGUCCUUAAAACGUCUGAAAUCAGUGGUCACCUUCAAGGUUUUACUAAUCGACUCGAGGAUUCUGCUGGUUGAUAAUUCAAGGAUUAGUUUGCUGAACAACCUCACCAGGCUUUCUAUUUUUGAUAACCGCACUUACAUCCUUCAACUGCUGAAACCUUUCUUGCUGAAUGAAAUUGUGAAUAUGGAAUCCAAAGCCAAGUUAGAUGCCGUAGUAGCAGAUCUUUUACUCGAGGAGGAGAAGUCACGGCCUAAGAAGAAGAAAAGUAAUAGCAAAAAGAGAACUUCAACGAGCAGGUCUCGUCCCCUUUACAAGACUGUUGAAGAUAAAACUUCUGUCAACCAUGAACCGGAAAUUACGUCUCCAUCACUAACAGUGCAAGAAGAUUCUAUGGAACCAGGUGAUACUCUUGCAAGUGAAAGGGGUCGAUUGGAAAUUUCAUCCAACACUGUCAAACAAGAGGAAGUUAUGCAAAACAUGCCUGGAGAAAAUUCUCAUUCAGAACAUUUGGAAUCAGCACUUGGAGAAGCUGCAGCCAGAUACAAUUCAGCUCUUGACAUGACGCUGAAGGCCCUCUUGAAUAUUAAGAUUCUCAAAGAAGAUUUGAUGCACAAUAGGAAACCAUUUCAAGACCACCUGGAAGACCAAAUUCCUUUUGCGCUACAAAAGUUCUUUGCUGCUUUUGUGUCAGAGGUGAUAAAAGAUGAGGGAAUGUACAGUUGCCUCUUGAGAGACUUACUUGCUUCCUUAGAAGAAGUUAUUUCCAUGGUUCGUGUGGAGAACAGAAGGUAUUAUUGUUACUUUGUCAGUACGCGUAGUUGUUUUAUAAUUUUUUUUCUAUUUUCUGCUUUUUUUCAGUCGAGCAGUGCUGCUGAGGUUCUUGUAGCCAUCCUUGAGUUUUGGCAUUACUGGAAAAAUGCUGAAAGAGAAAGCUUGGUAACUCGCUUCUUCGAGUUGGAGGAAAAUGAAAGAAUGAGUUGUAGAAAAUGCAGAAAGAAACUAAAGUAUCCAGAGCAAAGUUCUUACGGCAUUGUUAUUGCUGCAGAUUCGACCAGAGACUUGAAGCGCGCUCUGGGGAAUAUAAGGUUUGUGGAUAUCCUUAAGGUGAUCCGUAUGGAAUAUAAGAUGUUUUGUGACAUAAAAGCAGACGGAUGUGGAAUAACAAACUUUGUUCAUCACAUUAUAAGUAAAUGCCCACCUAUCUUCACAAUCGUGUUAGAAUGGGAGAAGAAUGAAACUGGAAAAGAAAUAUUUGAGACAGCAAAGGCUUUGGACUGGGAGAUAGAUAUCAGCCGACUGUACAAAGGCUUAGAACCAAAAACUAACUACCGGCUUGUGUCAAUGGUAUGUUGUCGUGAAGAAGAACACAUUUGCAUAGUUUAUGAAAAGAAUCGUUGGGUCAAUCUCAGACGUGAUACUUUUGCAGGAGAGGAUGUUGGUACCUGGAAGAGUGUGGUUAGAUUCUGUGGAGAAAGAAAGGUUAGGCCAGAAGUUCUGUGUUACGAAAUUGUCCGAUCAACGUCCUAACAAGGGUUUCAAAAUGAAGACUCAUCUAUUGAUUUUGGCUCUUGAAUCACCAAACGUUAUAAGAUUAACAUCAAUAGUGUGUUUUAGAUUUAGUAGAUUAGAAGCAAGCAAAAUAUCAUAAACAUAAGAUAAAUCUUAAAAGGUUACAUUGGUGGGUUUAAGCUGACUAAACUUGGAACAUAACUAA